UGGAGAAAGUGCAAAAAUGUUGGAGUGGAAGAACAACACAAACUGUAGAUGCAGUUCCAGCGAAAGCACACGAGCCGUAAUGCAACUUUACAUCUGAUUAAUACAUUUAUAACAAGAGAUACAGAUGGUUUUGUGGAUUCUUUACAAAAAACGACAAGAUGAGUGUCUCCAUUGGAGAGAAAAUCGAGGAUUUCAAGGUUCUCACCCUUCUUGGGAAGGGAUCCUUUGCAUCAGUGUACAGAGCAAAAUCGGACAUCACUGGCUUGGAUGUAGCGAUCAAAAUGAUUGAUAAGAAAGUCAUGCAUAAAGUAGGGAUGGUCCAGCGAGUCCGUAGCGAAGUGGAGAUUCAUUGUCAGCUGAAGCACCCAUCCAUACUUGAGUUGUAUAAUUAUUUUGAAGACAGUAACUAUGUUUACCUGGUUCUGGAGAUGUGCCACAAUGGAGAGAUGAGCAGAUAUUUGAAAAACAGGAAGGGACCUUUCUCAGAAGAUGAAGCACGCCACUUCAUGCACCAGAUUGUGAAAGGGAUGCUGUACCUGCACACCCAUGGCAUACUACACCGGGACCUCACACUUUCCAACCUGCUGCUCUCCAGCAGCAUGAACAUUAAAAUCGCAGACUUUGGGCUGGCCACCCAGUUAAAACUGCCCAACGAGAAGCAUUUCACAAUGUGCGGGACUCCAAAUUACAUCUCCCCCGAGAUUGUCACACGCAGUGCCCACGGGCUGGAGUCUGACGUCUGGUCUCUGGGGUGUAUGUUCUAUGCCUUUCUGAUGGGCAGGCCACCCUUCGAUACGGACACGGUCAAACACACUCUUAAUAAAGUGGUAUUGGCCGAAUACGAGAUGCCGAGACACGUGUCCCGGGAUGCCCAGGACCUUAUUUAUCAGCUGCUUCGCAAAAACCCUCUGGAUCGGCUCAGCCUGUCCGCAGUGCUGGACCACCCUUUCAUGACCAAGUGUUUGUCAGCUAGGAGCAAAGACUCAGGGAUGGUGGAAGCUUCUAUGGAUAGUGGGAUUGCAACCAUAUCCACAGCCUCCACUGCCACCAUCAGGUCCUCUUCCACCAGCUCAAGUGGACGCUUGCACCAGAAGACCAGGCAUGUCAUUGGAAUGCCCCUUCCAAACAGAAUCAACGUGAUGCCCACCCACGACAGGCCCGACACCCAUGCUUCCUUGGUGGAUGGAAGCUCGGUUUACAAGGAGCAGGUGGUGCAUCAAGACGAUACUGGCAGGGGAGGCCGUGGGAGGCCGCUUCAGAAAUCCGAAGAGGAUCGGCCCCACUCACGUUAUCUCAGAAGAGCCCAGUCCUCCGAUCGGUCUGGGACCUCCAACAGCCAUGUGCAAGGGAAAGCAACCGGCACAAUGGAAAGAUGUCACUCAGUUGAUAUGCUUCCCAAGCCAGGCAGACUGGGAACCUGUGGAAACCAAGAAACCUUCUCCAGCGGCCACAGUUACAGAGACAUACCACACAGCUUUAAAGAAGACACAUCAAGUAGCACUGGUUCUCUGGACAGACGUAUGAUAUCGCCUCCUGUCAAACAGAAGGCCAAUUCAGAUUAUUUAUACCCCAGCAAUCCAGCUAUUCCAAUACAGCAACAGAGAACAGAGACUGAAGCAGUACACCAAUGGUUUGCAAAUGCUCAGCCCCAGCAAGGUUGCUUUAAAAAGCCAACUGACAUCAGCACCAUCAGCUGUGCGAGUGGAAGCUUCCAUAAUGGGAAACAGCACAUGAAAAGGGGCACCGACUCCUCCUAUGCAGACAUGCACAAUGACCCGCAAAUCAACUCAAGGGGGGAUGACGGUGCACUCCAUUCUCAAGUAGAAGGCAGUCGGAGAACCUCAGAUUUCCAUCCCCAUUGUGGGGCUGAACAAGGCGGGCCAACUCCCACAGAGAAGCCGAACUCCGGGAAUGAAAAGCCCUCUAUAAAGAACGUGGUCUGCCCUCUGAAUGCAAAGAGACUGAAGCCUAUCAGGCAGAAGACUAAGAAUGCAGUGGUGAGCAUCCUUGAUACAGGCGAGGUUUGCAUGGAGCUGAUUAAGGGACAAGGCUCCCAGGAGCGAGUUCGGGAGGUCCUGAGGAUAUCUUGCGAUGGUUCAAUGGUUACUAUUUACCAUCCCAAUGAGGGAAGAGGAUUUCCACUGGAUGAUCGGCCACCAUCCCCACCUGAAGAUAUUUUUAUUUACAGCUUUGAUGAUUUGCCAGAAAAGUACUGGAAGAAAUACCAGUAUGCCACCAAGUUUGUGCAGUUGGUGAAAUCGAAAACCCCCAAAGUGACGCUCUACACAAAAGAUGCAAAGAGCAUGUUGAUGGAGAACUCACCCAAUGCAGAUAUGGAAGUCUGUUUUUAUGAUGGUGCAAAAACACACAAGACCACAGAUUUCCUGCGGGUUAUUGAAAAGACAGGGAAGUCUUACACACUGAAAGGAGACGUAGGGCUCAAUGGCCUCAGUGAAGAAAGCAGAGCCUAUGUGGAACUUUCAAACAAGGCUCACCGGACAUGCCUUGCACUGGAGGCUGCUAUCACUCUAGAAGAGAAUAGAAAUGAAAAGAAUAUUCCCUUUUUUCCAAUUAUUGUUGGAAGGAGACCAGGUAACCUAGAUUCUCCGAACACUCCCUCGUUACCUGCACAGAAAACAAAAAGCUCAGGCAGGGAGCAGCUGUCGGCAGAUGGGCUGGUGUUGGGGAGCAGCACGUCCCCUAGCCAGGCGUCCAAUAUAGCUCCUUCUAUGAUUUCUUAUGAUGGAUCAGUUUUUACCUCUGUCAGCACUGCUGGAAGUAAAUGUCCACUGUCUGCAAAACAGGGUGUCAUUCCAAAUACAGGGCAGGUUCUGAAGUCUGUGUUUGUGCCAAAUAUCGGCUGGGCUUCUCAGCUGGCCAGUGGAGAGGUGUGGGUGCAAUUCAAUAACGAUGGGUCCCAGCUGGUGGUACAGGCAGGGGUCUCCUCGAUCAUCUACACAUCACCUCAAGGCCAGACAAAAAGGUAUGGAGAAAAUGACAAGCUUCCUGAAUCUGUGAAAGGAAAGCUGAAGUGCUUAUCCUCCAUUCUGCCAUUGCUGGCAAGUCCAGUAGCAACUCAGCACUGACGUGAAUCACACAACAGCAUCUGAACCUCUGUGUAUUAGACCUGUGAGAUUCUGUACAAACUGUUUUUUGUAAAACUGUACGAAUACUUUUGAAUGUUUUGUCUGUAAAUACAUUUCUAUUUGUAAAUUGUAUAUUGCGUUCAAAUAAUGUAUAUGAAAAAUACCUAUUUUUUUUUUUUUGUUUAACUUCUGUUUUAUAUUUUACCAUUUACCACCCCUUGAGCGGUGAAACAUUGUAAUUAUAAAUAGUAUAAGCAGUGUUAAAUAUAUAUUUUUUUAUAGAUCGAGUUUUACCUCGGCACUGUUACCAGCAUCUAGCUCUAUGAAAUACGAAGCUGUGUAUUAAUACGAGCUAAAGCAAUAAAUGAUGU